GGCUGUGGGAUGAACUUUAUUAACGAAAGCGCCGUCUUCAACCAGAACGAGGCCGGUUAGCCUAGUGUAAUGGCUACCAAAAUAUAUAAGGACUGUUGAAUGUAUCAAAAUGUCCGUAAUACCGGAUCUGGAAUUCAUCCUACGUUUCCACAACCACGGUUCACAAAGAGAGAAGACUUACAAUAAAUAACCUAAUAUUUUGAUUUGUUUUAGCAAGUACCACAAGUCCAAGAAGGUUGUCGCUGAAGGAUGUAAAGGAAAUGUUCUUUGAUGAAGGCAGAUUGAGAUGCGGGAGAAUGGAGCAUGGCUCCCUGUGUGCAGAGGCUUAAUUUGAUGUCCUAACUGUACGAGGUGAUUGUGUGUGGAGACCAAUGAACGUUGUACGGCAACGAGCUCAACAACCAGCAGUUCAGUAACCACACCAGGGUGAUGCUGUGGGCGUGUUUUCAGAGUAAAAGAUAACAAUACAGGCGUCUCCGUGCACGAGCUCAGGGAGCAGGUCUGUAACAGUGUGAGCAGUCUGUAGCCACUAGUUACUGUCAGACCGACAACACCAUCCCACAUCAGUGCUGUUUUCAGUAUUCUGUGUGACUACAGCAACAGUGACUAUGAACAACACAAACGAUACUGAAUCGGAUCAAUUAGAACACUACUGGACAAUUUUGUAUGAAUUUUACAAAGUGUACAUCUGGGUGCUGGUAGGUGUGGGUGUGCCUGGCAAUGUCGCCUGCAUCUUAGUAACCACAUCCAUGACCCUCACUACAGCCACCUUAUACAUGUCCUUGCUGGCCGUAGCUGACCUGUUGGCUCUGGUACUUAAGCUUAUAUCUCACCAGAUAUACAUUUACAAUGUGACAUUAAAUACCUUUCUUUGUAAAAUGGGAGUGUUUGUAGAUUUAGUCAGCAACUACGCCAACUGGACUCUGGUGCUGGUCUGUUUGGAACGGUUUUUAUCCAUUCGCUUUCCUCUCAAGAAGAAAAUCUACUUCACCAAGAAGAGAGCUAUUCUCAUCGCCGUGUUACUGGGGAUGAUACUGUGUUUGUGUUAUAUUUAUGCGUUCAUUCAAAUAGACCACAUAGAGGAGACAUACUGUGAUUAUCAGGAUUCUUCUGAUUUCGCCAGUACCUACUGGCACUGGAUUACAGCCUUCAUCUACUAUUUUCUUCCCUUUAUCCUCCUCCUCAUCUUUCCUUGCCUUAUCAUAGUCAGUCUCAGGCGGCAACGAAAGGCGCGCGAGGCCAUGGUAAGGACAACCCCGGACACUUCAGGGGAGACAACGCAGACAAGAGUUGAGGUCGCCAUCUCUGUCAUGGUGGUGUGCGAUGCAAUCGUCGUCUUCGUCACCUACGCUCCGAUCUGCAUCUUACGUCUUAUUGAACCAUUCGACAUAUUGAACUAUGAUAACCCUCACACAAUGUUUAAGGUAAGACUGUUCACGCGUAUAGCAAUUACUUUAUCACAAGCGAACUACGCUGUAGACUUUGUGAUAUACUUUGCUGCCUCCAAGAAGUUCCGUUCUCGUUUUAUAAAGCUGAUCAGAAAAUGCUUGACCUGCAGGUGUAGAAGAGAUCAAGAGUAGCUCUGUAGACUAUUUGGACAUUAUCAGUAUCUUUUGUAUAUGAGGGAAAGUGGCUGUUUCUGUCAGAUUUAUAAAAUGUGCAUUACUGUCAUGUAAAUAUAGUAUUUCUUAUGUAAAAUAUUUGUGGCAUAUUCCUCUUCAAGUCUUCAAUGUUCAGUCGUUAUAUUUAUUAGCAGCAUUUUGCUGAAGUAAUUUUUCACUGGACAUGCUAAACGUGGUUGACUGGGAUUGGGUGCUUUUAUAGUCUACUCAUCCAUGCAUCACUUAAGAAAAAUAUGCUUUCUCUAAGUCAAAGAUUGUUUAAUAUUGUGACCACCUCUGAAAUUAUAUUUUUCAAAAUGUGAUGGCAAUGACAGCUAGCUAACUGUGGUUUAGUUUGUUUCGAGGAAGUUUUACACGUAUCUAUUCGUUUCUUUAAAGCGAUUCUGUUAAAAAAUAAUAUUAUAUAAUGCUUUUUGAUUUCUUUUAUUACUUCAGAUUGGCAGUGUAUGCAUUCUUGCAUAGACACCAAUUAAGAUAAAAGGCAUGAAUAUUUUUCAUGUUUCCUUCACAUAGCAUCCAAGGAUUGUUUAUUCAGUACACAUCUCCCAAACCUGUAAAACGUAAAACAAAUUUAUUUUAUUAAGAUCACAAAUUAAGAUGUCGACAUGGUUUCUGUUCAAAGGAUGAAUGGAAUCAGUAUUUAAAAAGCAAGAGUGAAACAUUGACAAACAUUAACUUUGUUUGAUUAAAAAAAACUAUGGCAAAUUUUGGAUAUCUUGACAUUUUAUGUUAUAAGAAGUGAGAAAGAGUUAAUGUUCUGACACAUGAAUAAUUAUAUGUGAUGUUAGAACUCACGAUCAUGUGUCUUGGUGACAAUCGCUGUACAUCUGUGUAUUGGACCCUCUAGCAGGCAAUUUUAUUACUGUUUGUAAACAUUCGGAAAUGCUUGCGAGACAGUGUCUGUACCUUUUGGAUUCUUUUUAUAGCUUAGGAAACGAAUAUCAUUCUUGCUUAAAGAAAGUAUUAUAUUAUUCAAUAAUAUUCUCUAAAUCAUAUUUAACUCAAUAAUCAGUUUGUGUUCUUUAAUUAAAGACAAUUGAUAAGUAUUUUUAUGAUUUAAAUAUUUUGAACAGUGUAAAAAUAUUCGAUUUUUAAUUCUUAAACGCGAGACAUGUUUCUGAGAGUUUCUAUACAUGUGUUUGUGAGAUGUCUCAU